AUGGUAGCCUUUAUCCUACCGCCAGUUCCAGGACCAAAGAUUACAGGCAUAGAUAAACAUCUGUUACAGAGAGGAAAAUCUGAAGAAUUAUUGAGUGCUCUUGGUUGCCACAGUUUCCCUCCAACAUCAGACUGUGAGGAACUACUGGUCGAAUAUCUGGAGGUAGAGGACAGUGAGGAGCAGCAACUCAUGCCAAGCUGUGACAAUGCCACUAAAAACACAAAAAUGAUACCCAGGGAAAUAGACAGUGACUCAGGACGAGGGAGCUGUGAUAGCCCUUCUUUGCUUUCUGAGAAGUGCAAAAAGUCCCGCGCCCUUCCAUCAACAGUUCAAACACAAGAUGUAAGAAAUGUUCAAGAAAACAAAGCAGGAAAAAAAGGAAGCUGCGAAAUUCUGUGUCAAGCCUCAGAAGAGAAAAUAAUCCCUUUUAACGAUGAGAAUCCAAGAUCAUCCACAUGGCCUCCAGCUCAGCUACCUAAUAAUCAGCCUUCUAUGUUUGCCUACCACAGUACUGUAGAUGCACAUACAAUAGCACUGAGUGCCACAAAUAUGAACAUUGCACCAAUUUCGGUGGGAAAUGAAGAAAAUCAUCAGCCACAAUAUCCUAUCACUGAAACUGUCCAUGACAACUUGGAAAAUGAAAGUGAGAUGGAGAAUUUACAUUCCAAAGCUGACCAAACCACAGUGCAGGUCAAACAAAGCAGACCCAAUGACCAGUCACCUUUCUUGAAUCCUAGACUAAUGGAUUAUGUAGAAGUUCACAAAGUCAGACAAGAUGUGGACCCAGCAGUAUUACUGAAACAUAAAGAAAAUAGUGGGCAAACCGAAAAAUACACUGUUCCAGGAACCAGCAAAGAAUAUACCAAGGUCUCAACAGUUGUGGACCAUAAUAUUAUAGUAUUAAUGCCAGAUUCACAAAACCAGCAAAUGCCUGUGUCUCAAGAACCUGCAGAGGAAACGCCUCAGAACGUCCAGCAAAGUGAAGCUGAAAUAGAUAUGAGCUACGUUCUGACAGCUCCAAGUGAGAUGAAUAGAGAGGACAAUGGAUCAGACUACAUGGACCCAUCUUCCUUUAUGCCCCCCUUUAAAUAACUAGUAGUUCAUACAGUACAUACUUA